UCGGAUUCAGGAUGCAUUUUUUCAAAGACUACUGGAAUCUGUUGGAUUUAUUCAUCGUAUUUCUGAGCGCUGUAGACAUUGUUCUCGAUAUCGUGGCUGCAGGCUCAAUGGGUGGAUUCUCCCCAAGCGUUCUCAAAGUUGCCAAGAUUUUCCGUGUUUUGCGAAUGGGUCGUGUGUUGAAACUGAUUAAGUCCUUGAUUCCAAAACUGAUCGAUCUUGUGAAUGAUCGUAUUAACAAGCAACUCAGUUUCGGCUAUGACAUUGGCAAAGGUUUUGUUAUUGCGGAGGAGGAUGUUAUGAAAAUGAUUGACCAGUUGGUUGUCGACGAGAAAAUAAUGAAAGAUCUGAAAAUGAGAUCAGAGAAGAAUCGCCUCGAUAUCAUCAGGAGUCUUGGGCUGCUGCAAAGAGAACAUCCGGGCAUUGCAAUAUCCGUAAAGACAAGGCAAGGGACUCGAUCUGUUUUGAAUAACGCUCUUGACACGUUGGCUCAACUCAGAUCAAAUGGAGUCAUGGAUAAAUCAGAAGCUCUCAAGCUGGAGAUGUUGAUCCAAGAGAGAAUGAAGAGGCAGCUCAAUGCCCCAUCGUAUAUUGCCCCUAAAAAGCCCGAGUCUCUUCUCCGUGGGUUGCCAUGGCUACGAGUGAUGACGGAAGAAACAGUCAGCUUCAUAAUAGAACAGGCCGAAAUGAUAUCAUAUGAAUUCGGUGACGUCAUGCUAAGACAAGGAGAGCCAACUGAUGGCGUUUAUCUCAUUGUCUCUGGAAUGGUCAAGCUUGUAGGAGUGUCAAUGGCAGCUGCUCAGACAAGAGUUCAUUCGUAUGUUGACUCCGAUUUGAACAUCAGUACUGACUACUUGUGCGCUGGCAACGUCAUUGGAGAGAUGGGUCUCCUGACAGGAGGCAUGCGCAAUGCAUCUGUUGUAUGCGAAACUGCAGUACAGGUAUACUACAUAUCAGCAGACAAAAUGUACCAGGCAUUGAAAAGGUUUCCUGGCUUAGAAGACAGCUUGUGGCGUGUUUGUGGCAUUCGGAUAGCCCUUCCAAUUCUCAUGGAUCAAGCAGCUUAUAAGGUACUAAAUCCCAUUUGAUUUUUCUAAAAUUUUGAUAAGCAUAACCUUAAACAUCAUUAUUUUUGAUGUCAUUAUUGCUUAAGCAGUUAUAGACAGAA